UGACAAGGUUAUCUCCCUUGUUGAUGACCCAGUAGGAAGUGACGUGACCAGACGGAAAAUUUACUGUUUGAUCGGUCGAUCAGUUGAUUGUUAAUCAUUGUCCUAAAAUAGACAGUCUCAUUUGUUUAUAUACAAGAACUUUAACAUGUUGAACCACAGUCAGAUUCUUGACAGUUAAAAACAGGAAUUGAUCGUCAGAAAAAAAUAAAAAAGGAAAAUCAGACCGCCAUUUUAUCAAACCAAAAACACUUCUUCAAGUUAUGGCGAAAAAGACAUAUGAUUUAUUGUUUAAGUUACUUUUAAUUGGUGAUUCUGGAGUUGGGAAAACUUGUUUACUAUUUAGAUUUUCAGACGAUGCUUUUAAUACAACAUUUAUAUCAACAAUAGGUAUAGAUUUUAAAAUUAAAACUGUAGAAUUAGGAGGAAAGAAAAUUAAAUUACAAAUAUGGGACACAGCAGGUCAAGAACGAUUUCACACAAUUACCACAUCCUACUACAGAGGAGCAAUGGGAAUAAUGCUAGUCUAUGACAUAACUAAUCAUAAAACAUUUGAAAAUAUUACUAAAUGGUUACGAAAUAUUGAUGAGCAUGCAAAUGAAGAUGUAGAAAAAAUGAUUUUGGGAAAUAAAUGUGACAUGGAUAGUAAGAGACAAGUGUCGAAAGAUAGAGGAGACGCUAUUUCAAAAGAACAUGGUGUACCAUUCUUAGAAACUAGUGCUAAAGCUAAUGUUAAUGUAGAAAAAGCUUUUAUGGACCUAGCACAAGCAAUUCUGAACAAGACACCUGGUAGAGAAAUGGAACCAAGACAAGGAGUAGAUAUGACUACAAAAAAGACAUCAUCUGGUGGCUGUUGUUCGUAAUAACCAACAGUGUUCUUACAGGGUAGCAGUUUAUACUGGUACCUUCUUUAUUCCAUCAGAGAACAGUUCUUACAUUAAUCAUCUGAAUGGUUUUGUCAUUACCAUGGUGACAGAAAUUAUCUGGUCAAAUGUUUCUUAAAGCAGUUGUAUUGCUUCUUUUCUUUUAAAACUUUUGAUUUAAGCAAUGAGAAGCUAUGUGAAUCUUGUAUUUAUAUUUACGUCAUAUCUAUUUUAGAAGAUUCAUACAAUUAUUUUACAUACAGCAAUUCUUUCACAAUAUAACUUAAUCAAUAAC